AACAAACGCGUCAAACAACACCGACGCCAUUUUGAACGUAGCCUUAAAAUGGCAGUAAAUGCAGAGGAGACGCGGAGGUUCACUUUGGUUUCUGUGCGUAAAUGUGAAGGAAAACUUUCGUUUGUUGUUUCCAACGCAGACUGAGCGUUAAGAGAGACUGAUGUGGGGAAAAUGGAUAUAACGACUGCGGUGUUUAACGCGGCGAGAGACGGCAAACUGAAACUUAUCCAGAAGUUGCUGAGCAACAAAAGUGCUGAGGAGUUAGAGGCGCUCGCCGAGGAGAAGACGCAGGGAGGGACGCCGCUCCUCGUCGCCUCUCGGUACGGACAUUUGGAAGUGGUUAAUUAUUUACUUGAAUAUUGCAAAGCUAACGUAGAGCUUGGGGGUUCGGUUAAUUUUGAUGGCGAGACGAUUGAAGGAGCUCCGCCGCUCUGGGCAGCUUCAGCCGCGGGGCAUUUAGCGGUUGUGAAAACUCUGUUAAAACACGGUGCUUCUGUUAAUAACACGACCCUCACCAACUCCACUCCCCUGCGCGCUGCCUGCUUUGAUGGACACCUCGAAAUCGUGCGUUACCUCGUUGAACAUCACGCCGACAUGGAGGUCGCGAACCGACACGGACACACAUGCCUCAUGAUCUCCUGCUAUAAAGGGCACCGAGAAAUCGCCAAGUUUCUGCUGGAGCGCGGCGCUGACGUUAACCGCAGGAGCGUGAAAGGGAACACUGCACUGCAUGACUGUGCUGAGUCUGGAAGUCUGGACAUCAUGAAAAUGCUUCUGAAGUGCAAAGCUAGGAUGGAGAGAGACGGCUAUGGUAUGACACCAUUGCUGGCUGCCAGCGUUACCGGCCACACGAACAUUGUAGAGUAUCUCAUCCACCAGCCGAGAGCUACGAGAGAGGAGAGCGUCGAUGCCUUGGAGCUCCUGGGUGCAACUUAUGUAGACAAAAAGCGCGAUCUGAUGGGUGCCAUGCGCUACUGGAGAAGAGCAAUGGAGCUCCGACAAGCAGAAGAUAGAGCAAACUUUCUGGCUAAGCCACCACCUGGCCCACCCAUUCCAGCAUAUGACUGCGCUCGAGAGGUGAACACGGCGGAGGAGCUGGAGGCCCUGAUCACUGACCCCGACGAAAUGCGCAUGCAGGCUCUCCUGAUUCGAGAGCGCAUCCUGGGCCCUUCACACCCAGACACAUCUUACUACAUCCGCUACCGGGGUGCUGUCUACGCCGACUCAGGAGAUUUUGAGCGUUGUGUGAGUCUGUGGAAAUAUGCACUAGACAUGCAGCAGAGCAACCUGGACCCACUGAGCCCCAUGACAGCCAGCAGCUUUUUGUCAUUUGCAGAGCUUUUCAGUUUUGUCCUCCAAGACCGUGCAAAAGGUGCACCAGCUGCCCGCGUCGCCUUCAAUGACCUGAUGGGCGUCCUGGCUAAGGGUGUCUGUGAGGUGGAGCGUGCCGUGGCACAGCGGGAUAAUCAGCCUGAUGCGGCGCAAUUUACUAAAGCCCUGUCCAUCAUACUCCAUCUCAUAUUCUUGUUGGAGAAACUGGAGUGUAGCCCAUUGCAAGAGCAUCAGAAGAAACAGAGUGUGUACCGGCUACUCAAGCUGAACCCAAGGGGUCGGAAUGGGUUAACACCCCUGCACAUGGCUGUGGAUAAGGACACCACUGCGGUGGGCCGUUACCCCGUGGGGCGUUUUCCUUCUCUGCCUGUGGCUGCGCUGCUGCUGGAGUGUGGCGCAGAUGUAGACUCGCGUGACUCAGACAACAACACGCCUCUUCAUGUGGCGGCACGUAACGGCUGCCCCAAGCUUAUGACGCUGCUGGUACACUCUGGAGCACACUUUGAUGCAACUAAUGCACAAUGCAAGAUGCCUUACGAGCUGCUGGAGGAGGCGGGAGGAGCAAGGCAUUUGUUGAACCCUCUUUGCCAUGUCACACUACAAUGCUUGGCUGCCCGUGCUGUCGGGAGACACAGAGUGCCCUACAAGGGACUCGCUUCUGAGGAAAUGGAGGCCUUCAUCGAGCUCCACUGAUCUUACCUCAAAUCCUAAUUCCAGACUCCAGGUUCAGACCAUGUCCCCUGUUUCUGAACAUUUUCAUGAACCUUUCUUGCCUCUAUAUCAGGUCUCACUUUUUUCCGAAGGCCAUCUUGAUGAAAUGGAGGCCUUCAUGUUGCACUUACAUUACCUCACCAUCCGCCUGUCUUCCUGAUCGUAGUCUCUCUCCUUAUCAAGCAGACUAAAUCUUAAGCCUCGUAACCACUUGCUCAGGCUUCAUCUGAAUCACAGCAAUAAUUGCAGUCUAAUAAUCACAAACAGGGAAAGAUGUGUUUUUACAUUUGUGUGCUUGUUUAUACAUGCCUCCUCUUUUCCUCCACUUUGUAAGGGCUUGUUGAAGGAAGUAAUACAAGAACAGAGACUUUUUGAUGCUCUGGAGUACUGUUUGAAGGGAAAAAACUUUGAUUCAAGCUUUAUUUGUAAUCUGAUGUUUUUUCUUCUUUUUUUUCUGCCUCCCUUUUUUAAGUUCUUUAAUUUAUGCCUGUUUGUGUAUAAAGUUGAAAUGGUGACAGGGUUGAUAUUAAGGCAAGGUUGAAAAUCUGCAUUAUAAUUAGCAAUGAUGCACCUCACUGACUGGUGUGUAAGAGAAUGAAGUGUGAUUAGUCAGUUUUUGCAUGCUCUUGUAAUGCACAUCAGUACUGAUAAUCAGACAUUUUGAUCUGAUUACUUUCUUUCGCCAAAUCUCACAAAAUAUGAUGUGGUUUUAUUAACAUCCCCCUGUUACAAUAUCAAAGCUGUAGGCCUAUAGGCUGAUGCCUCUUGUGCCAAAUAAUGGCCAAAUUCUUUCAAUUGAAUGGAUUUUGCUUCUAAAGCACUAAGUACUAAUUUGUUUUGUGUUCGUCAAUUGUCAGAACAAACAGUACUAAUGUGGCUAGCAAUGAACGAAAGCCACUGUUGCUGUGCUGAUGAGGUCAUGCUAGCUCUGGCCAUUAAAAUCCGUUUAUUCUUAGCCACAUCGGUGUGGUAUGGUUGAAUUAUCCCUUGUGUAAGCGUAGCUAAGCGGGAAUGCAGGACAUCUGCAGUAUGUUUUGCACUACAUUACCCACACAAGAGCAGGAGAGAUAUUGCCCUCUGUGCUGUCUCUCCCUACUUUGUACAAUUCUUCUAAUGUUUAGGACAUGGCACUUUACCCAGUCUGGGGUCACCACUGAUAUCUAUGCAGCAAAGGUGGAUUUACAUCUCAUCUGGCAUCCCAGGUCUUUUCAAUGUAGAAGAGCCAGCUCAACAUUGACAACUUUUAUUGCAGUCUUAUUUCUGAUUGUCCUGUCUGUGUAUGUCGGCAUGCUGGUUUCACUGUAAAUCCUACUCGAAUUAAAAAGCACUUUGAAACAUGCUAACACUACUUAGCCUUUUAAGCAAAGGUCCUGACUCAGUGACUUUCGAUAGGUGUGAUUAAUUUAAGAAAGUUCAAUGGUUUUGGAGAUGCCUGAAUAAAUAAUUCAUGUAUCACA